CUGACCUGCAGGCAGAGCAGAGCUGCAGUACAUGGGUGGUCAGUGAGGAGCCGAGCCGAGCGUCUCUGCCUCCCCCGAGUCUUUCCUUUCUUCUGCCGUGACCCUUCUUCUGUCUCCCUCACGUCCAGGUCAUCACGAGGAAGGUCUAUCUGAUGACCCCCUCCAGGGGUUGAGCCACCCCAGCGAUGAAGACAGGCUCUCAAAUCCGCCUGCUACUGUGGAAGAACUGGACUCUCCGCAAGAGACAGAAGGUCCGCUUCCUGGUGGAGAUCUUCUGGCCAGUGUUGUUGUUCAUCGUCCUGGUGUGGCUGAGGAAGGCCAACCCACUCUACCAGCAGCAUGAGUGUCACUUUCCCAACAAGGCCAUGCCGUCUGCCGGGAUCCUGCCAUGGAUCCAGGGAAUCUUCUGCAACGCCAACAACCCCUGCUUCAGGUACCCCACCCGAGGAGAGGCUCCUGGGGUGGUCUCCAACUACAACAACGCUGUGCUGUCCAAGUUCUACGCCGACAUCCAGCCGCUGCUCAACGACACGGAGUUCCGGCAGCUGGGGCGUCUCUGGAAUGACAUCGCUGCUUUCUCUGACUUCAUGAACACGUUACGGAUGAGUCCCUCCCUGAUAUCAGGUCGUGGGCUGAAGAUAGAAGACAUUUUAAAAGACGACGAAAUCCUGACCUCCUAUCUGCUCCGGGACGCUGGGCUCUCUCAGUCGGUGGUGUACCAACUGGUCAACGCCCAGAUACGACUGGAACAGUUCGCCCACGGGGUCCCGGACCUGCAGCUGAAAGACAUCGCCUGCAGCCACGCCCUGCUGGAGCGCUUCAUCAUCUUCCCCAAUCACCGCGGCCUGUACGGGGUCCGCAACGCCAUGUGCGCGCUGAGUCAGCCACAGCUGCAGCAGAUCGAGGACAUCCUGUACGCCAACCUGGACUUCUUCAAGAUCUUCAAAAUGAUGCCGCAGGUGAUGGACAAACGCUCUCCAGGGAUUGACCUGCAUAUCUGGGGUCGGGUCCUUAAGUCCGUGUCAGAGAAGAUCCAAGUUCUGAUGCAGCGGGAGAGCUCGCAGGAUCUGCUGAAGACCGCCGCCUCUCUCUUCCGAGGAGGAGGUCCGUCCACCUUCAGCGGCCUGAUGUCCACCGUCUCCAGCCUCUUCUGCGGGUACCCUGAGGGGGCGGGCUCCCGGGUCCUGUCCUUCAACUGGUACGAGGACAACAACUACAAGGUGUUUCUGGGCGUCAACGGCACCAAGAACCACAAAUAUGUCUACGACGACAAAGCGACUCCCUUCUGCAACUCCCUGAUGGAGACUCUGGAGUCCAACCCGGUCACGAAGGUGGUGUGGAAUUCAGUCAAGCCCCUGCUGAUGGGAAAAAUCCUCUACACCCCCGACUCCCCCGCCGUCCGCAAGAUAUUAAAGAGCGCGAACACGACGUUCGAGGAGCUGGAGUGGCUGCAGCACAUGGGCAAAGCCUGGGAGGAGGUCGGACCCCAGCUCUGGUCCUUCUUCCAAGACAGCGUCCAGAUGAACAUGAUCCGGGACACGAUGGCCAACCCCACGGUGAUGCACUUCCUGGAUGAGAAUCUGCAGCACACGGACUUCACCACCAAAGACCUUCUGAACUUCCUGCACAGCGGCCCCGAGGAGCGCAGGAUGAGCGGCAUGCCCAGCUUCGACUGGCGGAACAUCUUCAACGUCACCGACCGCCUCAUUCGCCUCUUCAACCAGUACGGAGAGUGCGUGAACCUGGACAAGUUUGCGGCCUACACGGACGAGUCCCAGAUGAUCCACCAGGCUCUGCACCUGCUGGAGGAGAACAAGUUCUGGGCCGGCGUGGUCUUCGUGGACAUGUACCCGUGGACCUCCAGCGUCCCGCAGCACAUCAAGUACAAGAUCCGCAUGGACAUCGACGCCGUGGAGCGCACCAACAAGAUCAAAGACAGGUACUGGGACCCGGGGCCCCGAGCUGACCCCGUGGAGGACCAGCGCUACAUCUGGGGAGGCUUCGCUUACCUGCAGGACAUGAUCGAACACGGCGUCAUCAAGCUGCACACCGGCCACGACUGGCCCCUAGGGGUCUACGUUCAGCAGAUGCCCUACCCCUGUUACGUGGACGACCUCUUCAUGAUCACCCUGAACAGGUGCUUCCCCAUGUUCAUGGUCCUGGCCUGGAUCUACUCGGUCUCCAUGACGGUGAAGAGCAUCGUGCUGGAGAAGGAGCUGCGGCUCAAAGAGACGCUGAAGGCCAUGGGCGUGGACAACGCUGUCAUUUGGUGCACGUGGCUCAUCGACAGCCUCUUCCUGAUGACGGCCAGCACGGCUCUGCUCACCCUCAUCAUCAUGGGUGGGAAGGUGCUGAACUACAGCGACCCCGUGCUGGUCUUCUUCUUCCUGCUGAUCUUCACCGUGGCCACCAUCAUGCAGUGCUUCCUCAUGAGCGUCUUCUUCAACAAGGCCAACCUGGCGGCGGCCUGCAGCGGCAUCAUCUACUUCACCCUCUACCUGCCUCACAUCCUGUGCUUCGCCUGGCAGGACCGCAUCACCACCAACAUCAAGCUGGCGGCAAGUCUUCUGUCUCCGGUGGCCUUUGGUUUUGGUACCGAGUACCUGUCCCGGUACGAGGAGCAGGGUCUGGGUCUGCAGUGGGACAACAUCCAGACCAGUCCUCUGGAGAAGGACAGCUACUCCUUCCUCACCUCAGUUCUCAUGAUGAUGGUGGACGCCGUGCUGUACGGCCUCCUGGCCUGGUACCUGGACAACGUCUUCCCAGGCCAGUACGGCAUCGGCCGGCCCUUCUACUUCCCGCUGCAACCCUCCUACUGGCAGAGAGCGGCGCGGUCGGGAGCCGCUGAUGAAGCUCCUGAGAAACCUGAGGCGGAGAAAGACAUCGAGAGCUGCGGCACUCCCGAGACGUACACCUGCAACGGCUCGGCGAGCAGGAAGACCUGUAAGCACCAGAGUAAAAGAGAACAACUGGAGAGGAAGAGGGAGCUGCUGAGGCGGCUGGAGGAGGCGCCCAACCAGGAGGAGCCGGGCGCCGAGGGAGCCGAGCCGCUGUUCUUCGAGCCGGACCCGGUCGGCCUGGUGAUGGGGGUUCAGAUCCAGGACCUGGUGAAGGCGUUCGAUGGAAGCUCUCGUCCAGCCGUUAACUGCCUGAGCAUCAGCUUCUAUGAAGGCCAGAUCACUUCGUUUUUGGGUCACAACGGCGCCGGGAAGACGACGACCAUGUCCGUCCUGACCGGUCUUUACCCACCUACAUCUGGAACCGCCUUCAUCAACGGUCGUGACAUCCGCACGCAAAUGGACGUCAUCCGAGCCUCUCUGGGAAUGUGUCCUCAGUACAACAUCCUCUUCAACCACCUCACAGUGGAGGAGCACAUCCUCUUCUACUCCCUUCUGAAGGGGCGCAGCCAAGAGGAGGCGGAACGGGAGCUGGAGGAGAUGCUGGUGGACCUGGGUCUCCCUCACAAGCGGCACGACGAGGCCCAGCACCUCUCAGGGGGCAUGCAGAGGAAGCUGUCUGUUGCCAUGGCGUUUGUCGGUGGGUCAAAGGUCGUCAUCUUGGACGAGCCGACGUCUGGAGUGGACCCGUAUUCCAGAAGAUCCAUCUGGGACCUCCUGUUGAAGUACAAACACGGGCGGACAGUGAUUCUGUCCACGCAUCACAUGGAUGAGGCCGACCUGCUGAGCGACCGCAUCGCCAUCAUCUCCAAGGGACAGCUGCACUGCUGCGGCUCGCCGCUCUUCCUCAAGAACUGCUUCGGCGUGGGCUUCUAUCUGACCCUGGUGCGCCGCAUGAAGGAGCUGAAGAAGAAGGAGAACGACUGCGACUGCGCCUCGGACUGCUCCUGCUGCUGCUCCAUCUGCACCCGCUACAAGGACCAGUCCCAGCACCAGAUGCAGAGUUCGGACCGGGUGAUGGAUGGUGACGUGGAGAGCAUCACCAACCUGAUCCACCACCACGUGCCGGAGGCGAGGAUGGUGGAGAUGAUCGGACAGGAGCUGACCUACCUGCUCCCCAACAAGGGCUUCAAACACAGAGCGUACGCCAGUCUGUUCCGCGAGCUGGAGGACACCCUGGCCGACAUGGGCCUCAGCAGCUUCGGCAUCUCCGACACGUCCCUGGAGGAGAUCUUCAUAAAGGUCACAGCGGACGGAGAAGCCGCUAAUAAUGCCACUCCUCCAGCUCAGUGGAGGUUGCAGCGAAGGAAGCUGGACAGCAGAGUCACUGCAGAGGGCACUGAAGAACACAAUGGCGCCGCAGCGACCGGAGAGUCCGACAGCAACGCAGGGAGGGGCUCGCGGCAGGUGAAAGGAGCCUCGCUGGUGCUGAAGCAGUUCCUGGCUCUGCUGGUGAAGAGGUUUCAUCACGCCACCAGGAGUCACAAGGACUUCCUGGCGCAGGUGGUCCUGCCGGCCAGUUUCGUCCUGCUCUCUCUGAUCUUCACGGUGAUCGUGCCACCGUUCGGGGAGUACCCGAGCCUGACUCUGACCCCCUGGAUGUACGGAGAGCAGCUCACCUUUGUCAGCAACGAGCAACCUUUGGACCCCAAAAUGAGCCGCAUCACUGAGAGGCUGCUGAGCCCACCGGGCCUGGGAACCCGCUGCAUGGAAGGAGAACCACUGGGGCUCCCCUGCAGCUACGAGCGUCUGGAGUGGGCGUCUCCGGAGGUCUCCCCGGUGGUCAGCAACAUCAUGCAGAGUCCAGAGUGGACCCGGAGCAACCCGUCUCCAUCCUGCCUGUGCAGCACCAGCAACAAGCUGACCAUGAUGCCCAUCUGUCCGGCCGGAGCCGGCGGGCUUCCUCCACGCCAGAGACGGGAGGCGACCGGAGACACCUUGAUGGACCUGACCCACCGGAACAUCUCAGACUUCCUGGUCAAGACGUACCCCAGUCUCAUCCGAACGAGCUUGAAGAGCAAGUACUGGGUGAACGAACAGAGGUACGGAGGUCUGUCGGUGGGAGGUCAGCUCCCCGUCCUGGACGUGAACCCGGCUGACAUCCAGGCGGUUUUCCGCCAGCUCUCACGGAUGCUCAACGUCACAGGGGGUCGCCACUCUGCACUGGCGCUCCGGCAGGUCGGGCCUUUCCUGCGCUACAUGGAGAGUGAGUUCAACAUUAAGGUGUGGUACAACAACAAGGGCUGGCACGCGAUGGUUGCCUUCAUGAACGUGGCCAAUAACGCCAUCCUGCGGGCAUUUCUGCCCCCCAGUGCCAAACCCGUGGAGUUUGGCAUCACCGCCAUCAACCACCCCCUCAACCUGACCAAGGAGCAGCUCUCUGAGGUCACAGUUUUGACCACCUCCGUGGACGCCGUGGUGGCCAUCUGCGUGAUCUUUGCCAUGUCCUUCAUCCCGGCCAGCUUCGUCCUCUACCUCAUCCAGGAGCGGGUGACCAAAGCCAAGCACCUGCAGUUUGUCAGCGGGGUCAGCCCGCUGGUCUACUGGGUGGCCAACUUCUUCUGGGACCUGAUCAACUACUCGGUCAGCACCGCGAUGGUGGUGGGAAUCUUCGUGGCUUUUGACAAGAAGUGCUACACGUCGCAGACCAACCUGCCGGCUCUGAUCGCGCUGCUGCUGCUGUACGGGUGGUCGGCGACGCCCAUGAUGUACCCCUUGUCCUACCUGUUCAGCGUUCCCAGCACGGCCUACGUCUCCCUGUCCUGCAUCAACCUGUUCAUCGGCAUCAACACCAGCGUCGUCACCUUCAUCCUGGAGCUCUUCGAGAACAACCGGUCUUUGUUGACUUUCAACGAGUGGCUGAAGAAGCUCCUGCUGGUGUUCCCUCACUUCUGUCUGGGCCGAGGCCUCAUCGACAUGGCCAUGAACCAGGCGGUCACCGACGUCUACGCACGAUUCGGUGAGGAGUUCACCACCGACCCCUUCCGCUGGGACUUCGUGGGGAAGAACGUCGCCUUCAUGGCCGUGGAGGGUUUCAUCUACUUCAUCCUCAACCUGCUGAUCCAGUACCGCUUCUUCAUGCAUCACUGGCUGACGGACAACAGCAGUGGCUCGCCAGUCAAGGACGAAGACGACGACGUGGCGGCGGAGAGGAAAAGAAUGUACGACGGAGGGAGCAAGUCAGACAUUCUGCAGAUCAGAGACCUGUCGAAGACGUAUGUGGGCAGGAAGAGGGCAGCUGUGGACCGGAUAUGUGUGGGAGUCCCUGCAGGAGAGUGUUUCGGCCUGCUGGGGGUCAACGGCGCCGGGAAGACGACCACCUUCAAGAUGCUGACGGGUGACACGGACGUGAGCGACGGGGAGGCGUCGGUGGCUGGCUACAGCAUCCUCACCCAGAUCCUGGACGUGCACCAGAACAUGGGCUACUGCCCCCAGUUCGACGCCAUCGACGACCUGCUGACCGGCCGCGAGCACCUUCACCUGUACGCUCGCCUGCGGGGGGUCCCCGAGUCGGAGAUCGCCAGAGUGGCGGAGUGGGGCAUCCAAAAGCUGGGGCUGAGCGAGUACGCCGGGCGCUGCGCCGGGACUUACAGCGGCGGCAACAAGCGCAAGCUCUCCACGGCCAUCGCUCUGAUCGGCUGCCCCGCGCUGGUGCUGCUGGACGAGCCCACGACCGGGAUGGACCCGCACUCCCGCCGCUUCCUGUGGAACGCCAUCCUGAGCGUGAUCCGAGACGGCCGGGCUGUGGUCCUCACAUCGCACAGCAUGGAGGAGUGCGAGGCGCUCUGCACGCGACUCGCCAUCAUGGUCAACGGAACCUUCAAGUGUCUGGGAACCAUCCAGCACCUCAAGUACAAAUUUGGGGACGGCUACGUGGUGACCAUGAAGAUCAAGGCGGCUAAAGCCGGCCAGAGCCCGGAGCUGCAGCCGGUGGAGGACUUCAUGGAGAGCAGCUUCCCAGGCUGCGUCCAGAGGGAGAAGCACUACAACACGCUGCAGUACGAGAUCGCCUCGUCCUCCUCGCUGGCCAGGAUCUUCCAGAUGGUGGUCGCCAACAAGGAGCAGCUCAGCAUCGAAGACUACUCUGUGUCGCAGACCACUCUGGACCAGGUGUUUGUCAACUUUGCCAAGCAACAGACCGGAGAAGACGAAGACGCCACGUUACGCAGGCGAGCGGUCGGGGGACGGAAGGACGUCAAGAUCGCUCCGGUCAAGAGGAAAACAUGAGUCGGGUCUGGGCCGCUCCGGCGUGUACAUACUUGUAAAUAUCCCGCCCAUGUUUGGCACCGUAGAAGCAGGUCGUGUUCACCAUGGUAAAACAGAGCCGUACGUCUCAUGUUUUCUACGCCGCUCUAGUCAGUCCUCCUGCUGUAGCCACCUCUUUUCUAUCGGCUCAAAUAAACAUGCUUCCUACUCUGUUUUGUGACCUUUGACCUCCCUGUCACCCUGUUAAUGGAUUGAUACGUAUUGAAAUAAAGGACGUGAGGAUCCUUUAAAAUCAUCAGAGAACGAUGAGGUCAGAGGUCGAAGGAAAGUGGUUCCUGGUUCCACUCUGAGUCUCUCCCGGAUGACUCAGCUAGUGACCUCAGGUGGGAGGAGAAACCCAGAGCUUAGUCUUCUGGCUCAGCUCCUUCCUCACCACAGACACGAGACGCUUCAGUCCAUGGUAGAAUAAGAAAGCGCCCACCUUUCCCUGAGUAGUCGUCAUUCCAAACACAACUGUGUCGAGUCCCGUCGACACCUUCGACCUGCAGAUGUGAUUCAUGUGCCGCCGCCGAGU